AUGUUCACUGUAUCCAUAAGACGCGCGAAGGCUGAGAGGGAGAGCCGGAGAAAAGCUUUGCAAGCUCGUGCACAGAAGGGGCUAUUGUCGGCAGAGGAGAGGGCUGUGUUAGCAGCAGAAGAGGAUCAAGCUGUUCGUGAGAAGAAAGGCCCAGAUUUGCAGAGCGCUUUAACCAAAAAAGAGUCCGCAAAGACAACACAGAAUAUAUUCGGACUUACUCAACGAGGACCUAUGGUACUAAAGGCCGUGCUUGCUGCCAAUUACGUACCCAAGUUUGAUCAGACUUGCUCUGUUCUACUCCGAGACGACGCAGUACUUGCUGCGGCCAGGGCUGGAUCUCUGAUAUCUCCACUUCAAGCGUGGCUGGCUAUGACGUGCCAACUAUCAAGACGUAUGAAGAGCCCAGAGACUUUUAAUGACACAGUUAUCAUCUUUAUUUGCGGGUUCAAGGCGCAUGUUUUUUUAUUCGCAAACCAAGAAACUAGACCCGGCAACGACUCGUCGCUCUCCGCAGUAUACUGGCAGUUCGUCUCCGAUGCGUCGAGCUUGGUUGGAAUUGCAAAUACUUCCAGUGCAUAUCGACCCUUGCGGCAGUUACUGAUAAUCCAAGUCAAGUCCGUACCUAAUUCUGCCUCAAUUUUGUCGAUUAAGAUUGCGCAGCCCGACCUUAUGCGAGCUCGUGGCGGGACCCUUUACAAUACAAUUUUACCUGCUAAAUCAUCUGCAGUGGCUUUCUAUGCUAGGGAUGGCAGUCCCUACGACCUGCCCACCUACCGGUUUACGCUAUCCUUCUCAAAAGAACUCUACUGUGUAAAUCAUUACGGAUUGCACAGCCGUCGUGGCUCCGUCGUCACCGAUGCUGGCUGGACAUGUACAUUAGCCAUCUUCCGCUUUUUAUCAGUUGCGAGACGCCAUCCCCUUGAAUUUCGAAGCAUAAGAAACCCGACUGUGCUCGAUGAUUUUCUCCAUGCCUUACUCGCUCUCUCGCCGAUGAUUCAGAUUUUAUACAUCUUUUGCUUCAUUCCUAGCUAUGGCAAAGCCUUUUCCCUAGUAAAGAAUAGCGGCUUCAUUUGCUGUUCCGCAACCACCCCCAGGCUUUCCGAUGUCGACAGUCUAAGGCCGAGUGAACUGGCAACUUCCCCGAAGGUUGAAAAAUGUCGGCUGCUGGAGCUUUUCCCUGGGAGCGAAAUUCUCGAGCAGGCCUCUUACGACGAGUUCAUAUGGGGAAAAUUCGGUCUCGUUUUCUUGGAAGUUCUUUUCUUCGCACCAAGUCCUGUCGCCGUAACUCUCAAGUUACAAUAA